AUGCGAUCCUCCAUCCUUAGCUCGCUCCUCCUCGCCGGCGCCGCCAACGCCUGGCUACCUCAGGACCGCGAUCUUGAAGCGUUCAACCAAACGGCCCGCUUCGAGCAGCUCGGUAAACGCUUCAAGCCCUCUUUGCCUAGUGGCAUAACCAAGAUCCGUGGUGUCAACUUUGGAGGAUGGCUGAUCAGCGAACCCUGGAUGAUGCGCAAUGAGUGGCACGCCAUGGGCUGCGGUGACGCAACCGGUGAAAACUAUGCCAAAUCCGAGUUCGAUUGUAUGAAGCAGUACUACUCGGGCAGCAAUCGUGAAAAUGGAAACCAGGCCUUCGAGAACCACUGGAAGACAUGGAUCAACGCCGACACGGUCCAGGCUGUCCACGACGUCGGCCUGAACACGAUCCGCAUCCCCAUCGGCUACUGGUCCUACACCAGCAUUGUCUAUAAGGACAGCGAGCCCUUUGCCGACGGCGACCGUAUGCUCCCCUAUCUCGACGCCGUUGUAGCAAAGGCUGCCGACCUGGGCAUCUACGUCAUCAUCGAUCUCCACGGUGCCCCCGGAGCCCAGCAGCAGGACCCCUUUACGGGCCAGAACCCCUCCGUGGCCGGGUUUUUCCAGGACUACCAAUUCAAGCGGGCUCAGGACUGGGUCUACUGGAUGGCCAAGCGCAUCCACCAGAACUCGGCCUACAGGACGGUUGGCAUGAUCGAAGUGGUCAACGAGCCCGUCUCGCAGCACGACGGGUCGCGUUGGCCUGCCCCGGGCGAAGACCCAGGCCUGGUGCAGAGCUACUACCCGGGGGCGCUGGGGGCGAUCCGGCAGGCGGAAACGGACCUGGGCAUCACGGACAGCAGCAAGAAGCUGCACGUGCAGUUCAUGUCGGAUAAGUGGCUAGCGGGAAACCCGCGGGCCAACUCGUACGUGGCCAACGACGCGCUGACCGCCUUUGACGACCACAACUACAUCGGCUUCGACGGCUACGGGAGCGACCAGUACAAGCUCAUGCACAGCGCGUGCACGGACUCGCGCCUCGUCAGCGGCGAGACCUACAGGAUCACGGGCGAGUGGAGCCUGACCUCGGGCGUAGAUGACUGGAGCGGCCAGAAGGACUUCUACAAGCGGUGGUUCACCGCCCAGCAGCAGCUCUACGAGGUGCCCGGCAUGGACGGCUGGGUCUUCUGGACCUGGAAGACGGAGCUCAAUGACCCCAGGUGGACAUACUCGUACGCCACGUAUCUUGGCUGGGUCCCGACUAACGCGGCGGAUCUGCAGCAGAACGUCUACCAGGACGUGUGUGCCGCGUACAGGUAA